GGAAGAAGUAGAGUGAGGUUAGUAGUAUCAGAGAGUUUGUUAUGAAGCAUUUGAAAAAUUUGUGUUGAACAUUUUUUUUUAUAUUGCUCACUAUGGUUGCAUCUACAGACCUUGGAUUUUUUCUCCCUGGAGAAGUAAUUAAAGAUAUAGAAUCCAAAGACAAGUAUACCAUAAUAGGCCCUGGACUGCGAAGAAAUGAAGAAGACCCCAAUAGCCUCGUAGCUACUCAGGCCGGGAGACUUACGUUUAGAGCUCCUAACACCUACUGGAUAGAAAGCCGAAGAAAUCGAUACAUCCCGAAAAAGGGAGAUUUAGUAGUGGGCGUAGUUACAAAAAAAUCUGGCGAUAUACUAAAAGUGGAUAUAGGAUGUGCAGAAUUUGCUUGGCUCUCUUUGCUGGCGUUCGAAGGCUCCACUAAGAAAAUGAAGCCUAAUGUGAACGUGGGAGAUUUAAUAUACGCCAAACUUUUGAAUGCUCAUAAAGAAAUGGAACCUGAACUAGUGUGUGUUGACCAAUAUUACAAAAGUGGACGUUUAGGUGUUCUUCCUAACGAAGGUGUUCUGAUAAAUAUCACGUUGAGGCUUACUCAUACCUUGUUGAAUGCGGAAAAUCCUCUUUUGCGGACCAUGGCCAAGAAAUUUCCGUACGAAAUUGUUAUUGGUGUUAAUGGAAAAGUGUGGAUUAAAGCAAACCAGGCCAAAGACGUGUUGACCUUAUGUAAGGCAUUUGAAGCCGCAGAACUUGAAAGUGAAAAAAGUAUAAUUGAAGCUUGUAGACAACAUAAAUAAAUAAAAGAAGGUUGAUUAUUCUAA